AUGGCCUCCAUACAGAAUAUCCCCCCUCCUUCACCUAGGAAGCAGCGCUUCAGGAAGGUCAAGAAGGCUCCCAAGGACGCGAUGGAGUGGACCAAGAAGCAGUACAACCAGCAGUACGACCGCUGGGUCCCGUGGCUCGAGGACCAGUAUCUCAAGUACUUCACCAAGGACAACAAGGCCAGCUAUGCCACCAAAGACCAGCUCGCCAAAACCAAAGUCACGGGCGACUCGCGCGUCGACAAGGUGCAGGACGACGUGUCGGGCGCCGCGGUCGGCCAGGUCGGCCAGGGCGGCCUGGCCCAGCCCGUCGGCGACAUCGUCAGCAAGGAGGCCGUCAACCGCGCCGAGCGCGGCGGCAAGGACGAGCACGGCGGAUACGUGCCUUCUGUCACCGGCGAUGGCGAGCCGUCGCAGCUGGACAAGGUCGUCGAGCCCGUGGCCGAGGGCGCCAAGGACGCCGUGGCGGAAACUAGCGAGGCUGCGAGCAAGACCGGUGAGGCUGCGGGUAAGACUGGCGAGGGCGUGAAGGAGGGGGCUGGGAAGGCGGGUGGGUAUUUUGGCGGUUGGUUUGGCGGGAAGAAGGCGGAGUAA